GAAUAUUUUCACGGCCCAACAAACCGCCGAGGAUUUAUUUGUGCCGCGGUUCCUCCUGGUUCCGAAAAACAUGCAGCUAUAACCUCUUUCUCUACACCGUGGAAGCCCUAACACAUUUUUUCGGUUCUCUUUCGUCUCGACCAGAAUAUUCCAACUCUUACACAAGACCCAGAAGUACUCACCCAUCUCCGCAGCAUGGCUGCGCCCAUGGGGAAUUCUCCGGGAGUCCCGUUCAUGCAAUCCGGGCAAUACGAUCCGUCCAUGGGCACUUUCCUCGACGUCGGAGAUUUCCCCUCGCAACAGGAGGAACCAGACCCCGUGCCUAAAUCAUACGGCGACUCGGAGAGGGAGUUGAUUGUCAAGCAAGCUCCUGUCCAUGCUCGAGUGGCAUUAGGAAAAGAGAAAGUUGACAAAGCAGAUCGCAAACCUGUUGAUCCGCCACCGGUCAUACAGCUCAUCGAUAAGAGGACCGACAGGAGAAGCCCGCUGUACAACAGUCCAUAUCUCUUUCUUACAUGUUCCCUGGUAGCCGAAAACUAUCACGAGCUAACCACGGGUGCGGAACUCCCUACAAGCUACCUCGCCGGUUCUCUAGCGUCUUCGAUUCAUCAUCUCAAGGAUCCCACGAACGCAGAUGGUGGCUAUUUUGUGUUUGGUGAUCUGUCGGUGAAACGAGAAGGACGAUUCCGGCUCCGCUUUACUCUCUACGACCGAGACAACCAGGCCGACCCUCCCAGUGUCUACUUCGUUUCGGAAAUAAUCACCAACCCGUUUACCGUUUAUUCGCCAAAAGAAUUCCCUGGCAUGGCUGAAUCUACCUUUCUAACCCGCUCCUUUACCGACCAGGGAGUGAAGUUGAGGUUGCGCAAGGAUUCGCGAGCAAUCACCACGAGAAAGCGUAACCGAAUGGCGGCAGAAAACCCAGAAGCCAUGUUGAUGAAUCGACGGUUUAAACGAACGAACAUUGACCGGAGCACCUCGAUUGGCGCAUUUGGUGCUGGCUCGAACCAUACUCUAUCUCCAGACGACCCUCAGGAGUUUCUAGGUACUCCCGACUUAGGUGUUAUGUCAGCGCCGUCAACUACGCAAGCCUGCCUCUCGACAUCUAACUCGAGCCCUUCGGUCGAUUUAUCACAUUCUGCCGGUUUCUUAUCCUCACCAAUCACUGGCCAGUUUACACCAGGGUAUCCUCAGAUUUCAGCGCACACGGAUAUCACAGCAGGGGCUUCUUUGACUCCGGCAUCAACCUAUAAUCAGGUAUAUCACGCCAAUUUUGGUACAGAUGGCGGGAUGCAGCAAGGAAUGGGAACAAGUGAUGGCCUUGGCCAGGGUUCAUUAAGUGGCCUCGGUGUAGUCCCUAACCGCACUCUGUCAUCUCCCUACGCGGUAGGCUCAGAUCAGCUACUUCACGCGGUUCCAGACAUGUCUCCUCGGACUCCAGGGGUCCUAAGCGAUGACCAAUAUGGGAGCGUCUUUACCAGACUACCGUCCCAUGAAGAGAUGAAUAGGCACAACAGCACUUCAGGAAGUCAUUACGGGGUUUUUCAGUAACGAAACGGCCAUCUCAUUGUCAGUUGAGAGAUGCAACGUCUAGACAAGAUACAGCAGCACCUGGGUCGAGUUUGGGUUUUACGAUCGGUUGCAACUCGGGUUCUGGGGAAAAGCGUGGAGUUUUUGGGAGCGCGCUAGCACUUAACAGGAGGAUGGCGUAUCUGGACACAGCGGUUGGCCAUUAUACCCCUGGGGUAGGCUGAGAAAUUGCCUUGGUUCGGACUCUGCUUCACUGGAGGUGAGCUCGGGUUACCUCAUUCAUUUGGCAUUUGGUUUUGGAUUGGU